CGGAUUUCACCCAUACGUUCUCUCUUAUUUCGUCGCCAUCUUUGCUGAUUACUCCAUAGUCAUGGGGAAAUUCAUCAAGUCUGGCAAAGUUGUGUUGGUUUUAAACGGACGUUAUGCAGGCAAAAAGGCUGUCAUUGUAAAAAAUUACGACGAUGGAACCAGCGAUAAACCUUACGGUCAUGCACUCGUGGCUGGGAUUGCUCGCUAUCCACUGAAAGUUACAAAGAAAAUGGGAAAGAAGAAGACGGCAAAGAGGUCCAGGAUAAAGCCUUUUGUAAAAGUUUACAACUACAACCAUCUUAUGCCCACAAGGUACUCAGUCGAUGUAAACCUGGACAAGCAGGUGAUUAAUAAAGAUGUGUUCAGAGAUCCAGCACUGAAACGCAAAGCCAAAAGGGAAGCCAAAGUGAAAUUAGAAGAAAGGUACAAGUCGGGCAAGAACAAAUGGUUUUUCCAAAAGCUGAGGUUCUAAUCACCAACCUUGUAAAAAAAUAAUGAAAUAAAGACUGAAACACAAA